UUUCUUUAGGUUUAUAGUCCAGUUUUUGUUUUUUGAAGAAUUACGGAUUUAAUUAGAGACUAACUGUUCAAAAUGAUUAGAAACAAUAACAGACUGCCGGAUAAUUUACCACAGCUUCAGAAUUUAAUAAAAAGAGAUCCAGAAUCGUAUAAAGAUGAUUUCUUGCAACAAUAUCGUCAAUAUCAGUCUAACUUGAAGAUAUUUCAAUUAAAUCCUUCAGAAUUCUCAGAUUCAUUUGGAUCAUUAGUGAUGUUUUUGGCACAAGUUUCUCAUUGUUAUACAGAAGAAUUAAAAGACUUUCCACAAGAAUUAAUAAAUUUAUUACAUUCACAAAGAGCAAAUAUGAAUUCUUUAGUUAGAGUUACGGUCUGUCAAGCGUUAAUGUUAUUAAAGAAUAAAAACCUUAUAGAAGCAAUACCUGUUCUAGAGUUAUUUUUCAUCUUAUUAAAAUGCCAGGAUAAAAAUUUAAGAAAAAUUCUCUAUAAUUAUAUUGUUCAAGAUGUUAAAAACACAAAUCAGAAGGCUAAAAACCAAAAAUUAAAUACUAAAUUACAAAAUUUCAUGUAUUCUAUGUUAAAAGACAAUAAUGCAACAGCAGCUAAAUUAUCACUUGAUGUUAUGGUAGAUUUAUAUAGAAGAAACGUCUGGAAAGAUGCAAAAACAGUAAAUGUUAUAUCUACUGCAUGUUUUUCUAAAGUUACAAAGGUUCUAGUUGCCGCUAUUAAGUUCUUUACUGGUUUAAAUGAAGACGAUGAAGAUAAAGACAAAGAUAGCGACAGCGAUGAUAAUGACAACGAAAGAGUAAAGAAAAAAUCAUCAACGCAAGUUCUUCUGUCUCACAGAGUCGGUAAAAAAACUCGUAAACGUCAAAAGAAAAUGGAAAAGGCACUAAGUGUAAUAAAGAAAAAUAAGAAGAAGACUAAAGCUGAUUAUUUCAAUUUUUCUGCAAUUCAUCUUUUAAAUGACCCUCAAGAUUUUGCAGAAAAACUAUUCAAACAACUGGAAAAUUGCACUGAGAGGUUCGAAGUAAAACUGAUGAUGAUUGAUUUAAUAUCAAGAUUGGUGGGAAUCCAUCAAUUAAUGCUCCUCAACUUUUAUCCUUAUAUACAAAGAUAUUUACAACCUCAUCAACGAGAUGUGACCAAUUUAUUAACGUAUGCUGCCCAAUCAAGUCACGAUCUAGUACCUCCUGACACGAUAGAUCCUUUAAUCAGAACUAUAGCUAACAAUUUCAUUACGGAAAGAAACUCUGGUGAAGCUAUGGCUGUGGGAUUAAAUAGCGUACGAGAAAUAUGUAGCAGAUGUCCUCUAGCAAUAUCUGAAGAUCUUGUCAGAGAUUUAGUACUAUACAAGAAACAUAAAAAUAAGAGUGUGAUGAUGUCGGCUAGAAGUUUGAUCGGACUAUUUAGAGAGAAAAAUCCAGAACUACUUCACAAAAGGGACAGAGGACGCCCUACUGAAGCGAUGCAGGAAAUUGAAAAACUAGAGUACGGAAAAUCAUACGCUAGAGAUUAUAUACCUGGAGCAGAAAUAUUGACUGCCGAAGAAGCCGCGAGAAAAAAGAAAUCCAAAGGGAAAAAUAAAAAAAAGGAACAAGCUGAAACCAAUUCUGAUGAUAGUGAUAAUGAAGACGAGUCAGAUCAAGAAGGUAAUAAUUUAUCAACCGUAGCCAUGAUAACAAUGAUUACUUUUUAUUACUCAUCGCAACUCACAGAAUCUUGGAUAAUAUCCGAUAGUGAAAAUGAGAAUGAUGAUGAUGAUAAUAAUACAGACAAUGAUAGCGACGAUGACAAAGAUGAAGAUCUCAACGAAGGUUGAAUUUUUUUGACGGCCCCAUUCUUUAUACGACUUAAUUAUUUAUUGAUACUUUUGAUUAGCCUCUUGGGAGUCUUGUUCAGAACAAGAUGAAAGUGAGGAAGAUAGUGAUGGAUCAUGGAUAAACGUCCAUCAUUCUUCAGACGAAGGAGAAUUAGAAAUACCAGAUGAAGUUAAAAAUAUGGAUAGUAAGGAGAAAAUAGAAAAGGCUAAAGAAGUCUUCGAAUCGCGUAUACUUAGUCAGGAAGAUUUCAAAAAAGUUAAAAAGCGUCAGAUUCAAAAGGAGACGGAAAAUUUUAAAAAGGGUGGAAGAAAGCGAGGACAAUCGGUUAUUAUCGAUAGUGAUGAAGAGAAGCAAGACUCAGAAUUGGUAUCACAUUCGAAAAUUGUAAAAUUACAUAAGAAAAUGAAGAGUGAUAAAGCAGAUCGUCUAGCUAGCAUAAUGACGGGUAGAGAAGGGAGAGAUAAAUUUGGUCGAAGAGAAAAGCGACAGAAUCCAUUCGCUAGUACUACUAAUAAAGAAAAGAAAAAGAAAAAAAAUGCCAUAAUGCUUCGACAAAAAUUUCAAAGAAAGAAAAAGAGAAGUUUCCAAGAAAAACAGCAAGCACUAAAGAAAUCACUAUUACGAAAACAGAAAUCUAAAAAGUAAAUAGACCGUUUAAACAAUCACCCUGUCCUCUUUGACCAUUUUCAAGGUGAAAGUAUUUGCUCUCCUUCUCUCUUAAAUACAGUGUACCAUACCACUAUACUGUUGCUUUUUUUUUAUCUCUGUAAAAGUUUACCAUGUGUUUACUCUCAUCAUAACCUUCUAAAUAUAGGCCAGCGGCUAUAAUUAUUUUAUGAAGCGCUGCUGAAUUUGUAAACCCGUGAAAACAUGUCGUUUUUUUUCUUAGAGAUCUGAACCCAAUAUCAUACAGUGCCUUAGCUCCAAUGACAACCGCGUUGUCAAGGUAGCAAGAACUUAAUCUUCUAAAAUCUAGGCUUUUUGUAUUACAAUACUUAUUAUGCACUGUAUUGAUAAAAUCUUCAUAAAAGCAAGUCUGUUCUACGUACACAAAAUACAUAUACACAUAUAUACAUAUAUAUAUAUAUAUAUAUAUAUAUAUAUAAAUACACAUAUCUUCAUACGUAUAGACAUAUUUGUUGCUUCAGACAAAUUCCACAUUGAUUACCAGGGUGAAAAUUCAUUGCGUGUUAAAUAUCACAGAAAGCACGAACAGUUUACCAUUAAUUGUAUAAUUAUAUAAAAUUUGACUCAUAUAAUACUACUAUAGUGUUAAAGCAAAAAGUCGGAUCCUGUGAACAGUAGGAAUUCGCGCAGUUCAGCACCCUUUUUUUUUUAAAAAUUAUUAAAAUCAUUUAGUAAAUUGCAGAUCCGUCUUUUUCACUUUUGAUAAAAACGAAGAGUUCGGAGAGAUCAUAGUCGAAAAAAGCACACACGAGAAAAACAAAAUUUCCAAACUCUUCUUAAUUCUUUUUCAUUACAAUACGAAAAUUCAACCCUGAAAUUGUCCUAGGCAGCAUAAACCAAUUUCUAUUGCAUCAAGGUGGGAAACAAAUCACAUUGUUACUUAAGUAUAUAACCAACGGCAUUCUCUUAGGUCAAAGUCGAAAGUUAUUACCUUAGCGAAAUAGUAAAAUGCUGUUGAUUUUUAAAAAAGCAUUUGGAAUUGUACGGAAUUAAUCAGUGAGCACGGCUCAUGAGCACCAUGUGGACGUCGAACAAGAGCACGAAUCGCGUUAUAUAACUAUAGACAGACCAGAGAUGGUUCUGAAGAAGGCGAAAAAUGUUCGUGGUGGUUGGAGAACUGCAGUACAUAUAGCACACACAUAAAACAUCUACAAUUUUUUAAAAAGACAAUCACUAACACAGCACUGUUUUGCUUUAUAGCCAGACUAGAUAAAAUAUGCAUUAGGUGUGAAAUAUUAUUACAGUAUACAUAUAUAAAUAAAUAUAUGUAUAUUAAAUCGGAUAAACAUUAACACAUAGAUCUAUAAGUAUAUAAAAAUACAUAUAUAUAUAUAUAUAUAUAUAU